CGGGCCGUCGGCGCUCACAGAAGCGCCGUCGGGCGAAGGGGGGGCGACGAGGGGCGCCAGCAGAACCCUCGAGCUGGGGACAGAACCGCGGGAGGUGGGAGGAACUUCUUCCAGAACCUUCCUCAGGCCCGGCUGCGCUCUGAGCCAGGCCCCACAUUCGUAUUCGGAGGUGACCCCCCGGGUCGCGGAAUGGAAGUGAGUGUUCUGGAGGCUGUGUAACUGGAGCCUCCAGUACCAGCGGGCCGGAGACCGCGGCGGGCCACCCCAGCUCAGCCUGUGGAUGUUGACCGCCCCUUCGGAGAGUCCCCGCAGACAUGGCGGAGAGCUGGCUGCGCCUCUGCGGAGCAGGGCCUGGGGAGGAGGCCGGGCCGGAGGUCGGCAUGGAGGAGCCAGACGCCCUGGAUGACAGCCUGACCAGCCUGCAAUGGCUUCAGGAAUUCUCCAUUCUCAAUGCCAAGGCCCCCACUCUGCCCCCGGGGGGCACCGACCCCCACAGCUACCACCAAGUGCCGGGCUCCGUGGCGCCCGGGUCACCUCUGGCGGCAGACCCUGCCUGCUUUGGGCAGCCUCACACACCUGGCAAGCCCACGUCGUCCUGCACAUCUCGAAGCGCGCCCCCAGGGCUGCAGGCCCCGCCUCCUGACGACGUGGACUAUGCCACCAACCCACAUGUCAAGCCGCCUUACUCAUAUGCCACUCUCAUCUGCAUGGCCAUGCAGGCCAGCAAGGCCACCAAGAUCACUCUGUCGGCCAUCUACAAGUGGAUCACAGACAACUUCUGCUACUUCCGCCAUGCAGAUCCCACCUGGCAGAAUUCGAUCCGCCACAACCUGUCCCUGAACAAAUGCUUCAUCAAAGUGCCUCGAGAGAAAGAUGAGCCCGGCAAGGGGGGUUUCUGGCGCAUUGACCCCCAGUAUGCAGAGCGCCUGCUCAGUGGGGCCUUCAAGAAACGGAGGCUGCCCCCAGUCCACAUUCACCCUGCCUUUGCUCGCCAGGCCUCCCAGGAACCCAGCACUGCCCCCUGGGGUGGGCCUCUAACCGUGAACACUGAGGCCCAGCAGCUGCUGCAGGAGUUUGAGGAGGCCACAGGGGAGGGGGCCUGGAGCACAGGGGAGGGCAGGCUGGGGCAUAAGCGAAAGCAGCCACUGCCCAAGAGGGUGGCCAAGGUCCUUCGGCCUCCCAGCACAUUGCUGCUGACCCAGGAGGAGCAGGGUGAGCUGGAACCCCUCAAAGGCAACUUUGACUGGGAGGCCAUCUUUGAGGCUGGCACUCUGGGUGAGGAGCUGAGCUCACUGGAGGGCCUAGAGCUGAGCCCCCCGCUGAGCCCUGCCUCACACAGAGACGUGGACCUUACUGUCCAUGGCCGCCACAUCGACUGCCCCGCUACCUGGGGCCCUCCGGUGGAACAGGCCGCUGACAGCCUAGACUUUGACGAGACCUUCUUGGCCACCUCCUUUCUCCAGCACCCCUGGGAUGAGGGUAGCAGUGGUUGCCUACCCCCAGAGCCCCUCUUUGAAGCAGGGGAUGCCACCCUGGCCGCUGACCUGCAGGACUGGGCCAGUGUGGGUGCCUUCUUGUAAAAGGUCAGGCCCCACCCCAUCUCCGGACAGCGCCCAAGUCAGGGCCCAGAACUUGCUGCCUCCCAAGACAGGCCAGUGGACAUCUCGGCACGCUGGCAGGGACUGGGCCAGGCCUCUGAAGGCUUGCUUCACGAGGCCACACUGCUGCCAGCUGGGGUUGUCCUAAUGUCUAUGCCCACAGGACGGGGAACUGAGAGCCCAGGAUCAAAACUGCUGC